AUGGUUGCUUUGAAGCGAGAAAAACGAGCUGGUUCUCCAGCUGCAAAUGGUGAAGUAAAACGAUUGAAAUCCACUUCAUCAUCUGUUUUGCACAGCUAUUCGAAGUUGCCCAAUAUCAAUCAAAUCCCGACAGUAAAGACAUUACCAUUGAACAUAUUUGUCUGGGGAACUGGCUCAAUGUGUGAAUUGGGAUUAGGUCCAGAUGCUAGAACGAAGGAGGUCAAAAGACCUCGGUUGAAUCCAUAUCUUACCAAGGAGAAGCUUGGAGCAGAUGGAAUCGUUGAUUUUGCUGUAGGUGGAAUGCAUGUUCUUGCUUUGGAUAGCAGAAACAGAAUUUGGUCAUGGGGAACCAAUGACUACAAAGUUUUGGGCAGGGAUACUUCAAGAGCAAAAAUAUCCAUGAAAUCAAUGGAUGAAAAUGACUCAGAUGAUGAAGACGGUGAUUUGAAUGAAGCAGAAUCAACGCCGGGUCUCGUUGAAAACUUGCCCAAGGUUAAAGCAACGAUUGUUCAAUUGUUAGCAACCGACAACUUAAGUGCAGCUUUGUACAGUGAUGGAAGUGUGUAUGCUUGGGGUACAUUCAGAUGCAAUGAAGGUAUUCUAGGGUUUCUGAAAGAUACAAGUGUGCAAGCAACUCCUCGUAAACUUGGACUCAAGAAUAUCGUUCAGCUUGCAGGGGGCAAGGAUCAUGUUUUGGCCCUUGACUCUAAAGGUGUCGUCUACGCUUGGGGUAACGGUCAGCAGUUUCAGCUAGGCAGAAAAAUCUUAGAAAGGCAUCGUUUGGCAUCACUAGAACCACAUCAAUUCGGUCUCUAUGAUAUCAAAUACAUUGCAAGCGGGGAUUUUCAUUGUUUCGCAAUCGAUAAAAAUGAUAAGGUCUUCACUUGGGGAUUAAAUCAAUUUGGACAAUGUGGUGUUACCAAUGAGAAUGGAGAUCUUGAAGAUGGUUCUUUGAUAGUAAAACCGAAAGAGGUACCUGAAUUGGAAAAUUUGCGAAUCCAACAGAUUGUUGCGGGUGAACAUCACACUUUAGCGCUCGCAAAUAACGGACACAUCUUUGCUUGGGGUCGGUAUGAUAUGAAGGAAGUUGGAAUCAGCAAGACUGACCUCCCACCGUGGACGUAUUAUGAUGAACAUGGCACGGCUAGGUCUGUCCCGAGACCAACUGAGUUGAAGUUCUCCGCAAAGAAUGACUUGAAAUUCAAAACCAUAGGUGCGGGCUCACAUCAUUCAUUCGGUGUCACAGACGAUGGCAUGGUGUAUAGUUGGGGAUUUGGGGAUACGUAUGCCCCUGGACUUGGCCCUCUUGAUGGUGACGUUGAAAUACCCACAAGAAUCAUUAAUACAGCUACAAAAGAAAUGGACAUUCUUCUCAUCGGGGCAGGUGGACAAUUCUCCGUCAGUGGAGGUGUUAAAAUCUUGAAUGAAGAUGAAAUUGAAGACCGAAUUGAGAAAUAUGAAGAAUUAGACUCCUGA